AUGGCUCCACAACCUAUUCCAUUCCCAGGCUUCACCCCGAUAUCUGAUCGGGUAUACCUUCGCAAUGGCCAUGAAAAAGCCAAAGAAUCUCUAGCCGACGAGCCAACUACAAUCAUAAUUUCCGGCUGGGGCGACGGUAUGCCGAAACACGUUACCAAAUACUCCGACGGCUACCAUGAGCUCUACCCAUCCGCGCGGAUCAUCGUUAUCCUAUCGCGUACCUUCCAGGCCACCCACCAAUCCGAGGAAGCCAGAAUCGCAGCCAUGAUGCCGGUCGUUGACACCGUCUUCCCGACGCCAACCGGCAGCGGGAACGAAAAGGAGCGCCUUCUUGUGCAUGCCAUGUCCAAUACAGGCGCCAUCUUCGCUGCCGCCACCAUUGUCGCGUACCAGCAACGCCAUGGCACAGACAAGCCAUUCCCACACCAGCUCAUGGUGUUGGAUUCCACACCGGGAAGUCUGGUCUUCACCUCUCAGGUUACCCGGUGGUCGCGUGCCAUGGCGGUCGGUACCGCCAAGUUCUUCCCUUGGCCCUUUGUUAUUACACAGGGUAUGUGGUAUAUGUUCCUAUGGGCGAGUUACCUGUGGCAACUCCUCAGUGGCUCUGAGGCUUCGGGUGUGUGGGCGGACCGGAUCAUAAAUGAUAAGUCCUGUGUCACGACCGAUUCCAGGAGAGUCUACCUGUACUCCAAGGAAGAUGAGAUUAUUGGUUACAAGGACUUGGAGGAGAAUGUUGCUCAUGCUAAGACUUUGGGCUACUCGGUUGAUCUUGAGAUAUUCGAAGGCUCGCCGCAUGUGGGACACAUGAGACUUCAUCCUGAACAGUAUUGGAGCAAAGUUGCCAGCUCUUGGAAGCAGGCCAUCGCGGAGAAAUAA